CAUGCGCAGUAAUAUGAACUCAAACACUUCCUGAUGUCUACGGGAUCGUGUGAAGUGUAGUUUUCUCGCAGUGGAGCAGACGGUCAAGGUUAAAAUCUGUCCCGGCCGAGUGUGUGCACGUCCAUCCUCCCCACAAAGUUAUACAGUGUUCCGUCGGAAGAGGACUUCAGUUCAUUUAGAUGCAGGCAGCUGGAAAACUUAUGAAGGUGUUCGUGACGAGACGCAUCCCGCAGGAGGGGAUGAAGAUCCUGUCAGCGGCUGGAGUCUGUGAGGUGUCUCUGUGGGACUCAGAUGAACCCGUGCAGAGGGCAGAACUUCUCAAAGGUGUGCAGGGAGCUGAUGGUCUUCUGUGUCUGCUGUCGGACAAGAUUGAUGCAGAGGUUCUGGAUGCUGCAGGGCCAAACCUGAAAGUAAUCAGCACCCUGUCAGUGGGAUUUGACCACAUGGCUCUUGAUGAAAUCAAAAAACGUGGUAUACGUGUUGGAUACACUCCAGAUGUCCUGACUGACGCCACAGCAGAACUGACUGUGGCUCUGCUGCUGGCCACCGCUCGCAGGUUACCAGAGGGAGUGGAGGAGGUCAAAAAUGGAGGCUGGAGCUCGUGGAAGCCUCUCUGGCUGUGUGGUUACGGCCUCUCUGGCAGCACAGUGGGAGUCAUUGGACUGGGACGCAUUGGCUUGGCCAUUGCUCGGAGGCUCAUGCCCUUUGGAGUGAAGAGGCUGCUAUACUCUGGGAGAACAGUCAAGGCCCAUGCUGCGGAGGUGAAUGGAGAGUUUGUUCCCCUGGACACUCUUGUGUCUGAGAGCGACUUCAUAGUCGUUUCCUGCUCCCUGACGCCAGAAACCCAGGGCCUGUGUGACAAGGCUCUCUUUAGCAAGAUGAAAAACACAGCAGUCUUCGUCAACUCAAGCAGGGGAACUGUGGUGAACCAGGAGGAUCUGUAUGAAGCUUUGAGCAGCGGACAGAUAGCUGCAGCUGGACUAGAUGUCACUACACCCGAGCCACUCCCAACAGACCAUCCUCUUCUAACACUUAAGAACUGUGUGGUGUUGCCACACAUCGGAAGUGCCACCUACUCCACGAGAGGCAUCAUGGGAGCUUUGUCAGCUCAAAACCUGCUGGGAGGUUUACAGGGCACUGCCAUGCCCAGUGAACUCACCUUCUAGAGCCUGAAACUAAGACGCUGCGCUGCAAUAACAGAUAACAGUAAUGUACUGGGAUAGUAAUGAUCUUCUAUGUGCGAUUAAAGUGGAGAAGGGCUGAAAUACUAAUGUAGUUCAGAUACGUUUACAUCGUGUCAGUGUUAACUUGAUAGCUUAAUUUGAUCCCGUCACAGUUACUAAUAUGAGUUUCCUUUGGAAUAUACAAUGUGCAUUUUGAAGAAGGAAAUUCUUCAUGCAAAGUUUUGUCAUCUCAGACAAGUGUAUUUGUUAUCGGGGAAAAAAAGGCUAAUGAAGAAACCGGCACAACUCCCUAACAUUACUUCUUAUAAAAACACCAUACAUGCGUAGUGUGGGAAAUUACAGAUGAACUGCAAAACACAGGUUCUGAUUUGCAUAUGAAAUAUCUCCAUUAAAAUAGAAAUGGUGGGUUGGUUCUCUGUCUCACUCUAAUUGAAUAAUGCUUGUCAUAAAGAUUAGCAUUAUACAUAAUUAGUCUGCACUUUAUUCUGAUGUUAAUGUUGUCAACGACGCUUCAAAACAACACUCCACUUUUGUAUGAAAAAUGAGAUUUCUCUGAAGAAUAAAACGUAUGGUUUAGUUUGAAUAUGAU